AGGCCACCAAUCCCAUAGUUGAUGAACAGAAAUUAGAAAUGGCGACGACUAGUUCGCUUCUCCUUUCUACUCUCUUCCUCCACUCUCCUCCUCCUCCUUCCUCCUCUCGCUUCUCUAACGGAUCCUUCUUCAACCCCUCUCCCCGAUCUCUCUCCCUCUACCCCGUCCGAUCCAAACGCUGCUUACGGAUCCUCUCGAAGCUUCCACUAGACGACACCGAUAACGACGAUUCUCCUCUUCUCCCGCGGUUAUCCGCCGCCGCCGUCAAGCCUUUCCUCCUCCUCUGCACCUCCGUCGCUCUUUCCUUCUCGCUGUUCGCCGCUUCUCCCGCCGUCGAGUCCGCUGCGGCGUUCGUCGUCACUACUCCGCGGAAGCUCCAGACGGACGAGCUCGCGACGGUUAGGUUGUUCCAGGAGAACACUCCUUCCGUUGUGUACAUCACUAAUCUCGCCGUGAGGCAGGACGCGUUUACAUUGGACGUGCUUGAGGUGCCGCAAGGGUCUGGUUCUGGAUUCGUGUGGGAUAAGCAGGGUCACAUUGUUACUAAUUAUCAUGUCAUCCGUGGUGCUUCUGAUCUCAGGGUUACUCUUGCUGAUCAAUCAACAUAUGAUGCAAAAGUAGUUGGAUUCGACCAAGACAAGGAUGUUGCAGUUCUACGUAUCGAUGCACCGAAAGACAAAUUACGGCCUAUACCUGUUGGAGUCUCUGCGGAUCUUCUUGUCGGCCAGAAAGUCUUUGCCAUUGGCAAUCCUUUUGGACUUGAUCAUACUCUUACAACUGGUGUUAUAAGUGGUUUGCGAAGAGAGAUUAGUUCUGCUGCGACCGGCCGUCCAAUCCAAGAUGUGAUACAGACAGAUGCAGCCAUUAACCCAGGUAACAGCGGAGGACCGCUUCUAGAUAGCUCAGGAACCCUAAUUGGUAUAAACACAGCCAUUUAUUCUCCCUCUGGUGCAUCUUCUGGAGUGGGCUUUUCGAUCCCAGUUGACACCGUUGGUGGCAUCGUUGAUCAGCUGGUGAGGUUUGGGAAAGUCACAAGACCAAUCUUAGGUAUCAAAUUCGCACCGGACCAAUCUGUUGAGCAGCUGGGAGUGAGCGGCGUGCUAGUCUUGGACGCUCCUCCAACUGGUCCAGCUGGAAAAGCCGGACUUCAGUCAACAAAACGUGACGGGUACGGGAGGCUAAUACUAGGAGACAUAAUCACGUCGGUGAACGGUACAAAAGUUACUAACGGGAGUGAUCUGUACCGGAUUCUCGAUCAAUGCAAAGUCGGUGAUGAGGUGACCGUAGAGGUUCUAAGAGGAGAUCACAAGGAGAAGAUCUCUGUAACUCUCGAACCAAAACCGGACGAGACUUGAAGAAAGUUGUGGAAAGAAAGUAAAUAUAACGAUAGAACGGAGCAAAAAACUGGUGGGCUUAUGAAUUGGUAUAUCAAUUGUUCGGAAUAUUGAUCGUCCAGUUGUGUAUGUAGAAAAGACAAAUCUGUUUAUAUUUGCAUAGCCGGUCUUAUGGUUUGUAUUGGUAUUGAUUCUCGGUUUAGACUUUUUAGACCAUAACCGGUCUAAACCCUCAAUAGAUUUCUUUAUCACAGACCCC